AUGACUGAAAGGUAAGGUUAUGCUGGAAAUGGGCUUGUUCAUGUUAAAAACCCUCAUUUGGAUUCAAUGGACGAAGAUGUUCUUUAUCACUUAAAUUUAGGAACUAAAACACACAACCUACCAGUGAUGUUUGGUGAUGUAAAGUUUGUCUGCGUUGGUGGCAGCCCUAACAGAAUGAAAGCUUUUGCUCAGUUCAUGCACAAAGAACUUGGACUUGAAGGAGAUGGGAAAGACUUGAAAGAUAUUUGUGCUGGGACAGAUCGGUAUUCUAUGUACAAGGCUGGACCAGUGCUCUCCAUCAGUCACGGGAUGGGUGUUCCUUCCAUUUCUAUUAUGCUUCAUGAACUAAUCAAAUUACUACACCAUGCAAAAUGCCGUGAUGUUACUAUUAUACGCAUCGGUACUUCUGGGGGCUUAGGCAUUGACCCUGGAACUGUUGUAAUCACAGAUAUCGCAGUGGAUUCAUUUUUUAAGGCUCGGUUUGAGCAGGUGAUACUGGAUAAUAUAGUUGUACGAAGCACUGAACUUGAUAAGGACCUUGUUGAGGAGCUACUGAACUGCAGCAAAGAGAUUCAUUACUUUCCAACACUUAUUGGCCAUACUAUGUGCACCUAUGAUUUUUAUGAAGGUCAAGGACGAUUAGAUGGAGCAUUGUGUUCUUUUUCCAAUGAAAAGAAGUUGGAGUACUUAAAGAGAGCUUAUGAUGCUGGUGUAAGAAAUAUUGAAAUGGAGUCAACUGUAUUUGCUGCUAUAUGUGGACUUUGUGGUCUAAAAGCUGCUGUUGUCUGUGUGGCACUCCUUAACCGACUCGAAGGUGACCAGAUUAGGGCACCCCAUGAAGUUCUAGUAGAAUAUCAGCAACGGCCUCAGCAUCUGAUCUCAAUUUUUAUCAAAAAGCGUCUUGGGUUAUAUAACCAAAUGGAAUUACUAGACAAUGCAUUUUUCCUGAAUAACUAA